CCAUCCCGGGCGCUCCCGCCCAGCGGAGCCAAAUCCCCCGGGAGCGGCGGGGGGAGGACGCUCCCAUUAUCCGGCUCCUGCCGCGGCGGGGGCAGCCGGACCAGCCGUGCAUUAAUAGAUUAUCCCGAGCAUUUGGGAUCGCCGGGAGCCACGGAAGAGCUCGCGGGAGGAACACGGRCAAGGCCAGCGCUGCUUCCAGAGCCGGCGGCGACAGCCACGGCUCUAUUUUCACUGCUGUCGGUAUUCCUAAACCAGCCCAACGGAGCCCUCGGAGAGCGCGAUGGACGAGUGGGAUCUCCCACAAUGGAAAAAAGAGGUGGAAAGCCUCAAGUACCAGCUGGCCUACAAGAGGGAGAUGUCCUCCAAGACUAUACCUGAGUUCGUGAAGUGGAUCGAGGACGGCAUUCCCGAGGAUCCCUUCCUGAACCCGGAGCUGAUGAAGAACAACCCCUGGGUGGAGAAAGGCAAAUGCAUCAUCCUCUGAGGGUCCCCUCUCUGCAGCCCCUGCUCAGCAGUUUUKAUUAGUUAGCUCCGAGUCCAACAUGAGAACCUGAACAAAAACCCUGCCCUCACCUCAUUUCUUCUUAGUGAUAGAAGGGGUUUUAGAAAUAGGGGGGAUACAGGGAAAGCGCCUGGGAUGGGCAGCAGCAGCAGCAGCACAGGCUUUUCCAGGGGUUUGCUGCACUUUCAACUCCCACUUCUGCCACCCAA